AGCGUUGCGUUCUCACCAGAUGGCGGGAAGAUAGUAUGUGCAUCUGCAGACCUCAAUAUCCGAAUCGUGGAUGCAAGCUCCGGCGCGAUGAUAGGAGAUCCGAUGAGCUCAGAUCUAGAGCUCAUUCCCACUUCCAUCAUCGCGGUAUCUACCUCUGACAACACAGGCAUCAUCGCGAUAUCUCGCAACACCUUUUGGCUAUGGAACAGCGGAGAUAACAGCGCCAUUAGGCUGUUUUCUCUUAUACCCGCUGAAUCUGGCUUUCGCGAUUUGACAUUCACUCUCUCCGCAGACGGGGCAUACAUUUAUGUGGGAUGUUCGGACGGGAUGAUCCGACAAUAUGACGUCUCUACCGCAGAAAUAGUGAAGGAGAUAGAUUCCGGCUCGCCCUGGGGACUCCAGAGUAUUGCCGUAUCACGGGACGGAGCUCUCAUUGCAUCUGCUACUGUCGGAACUGGUGCUGCCAUUCAAGUGUGGAAUGCUCGAACCGGCAAACCCGUAUGUCAACCCUUUCGAGGACUAUCAAGCACCGUGCGCUGCCUCGCUUUCUCAUCUGAUGGAAGACGCAUUGCUUUUGGAUCUAAUGAUUGCACCGUGCGAAUAUGGGACAUACACCAAGGA